UCUGUCAUAGUGUCAUCUCUCAUUCUCUCCCCCCUUAUUAUAAGUGUUGCAUGACUCCUAGGGAAGCUCAAGCUCAAGCUCAACCUCCCUCAUUCAUUCAUUCUACCACCAACAUAUUAUAUAUAUACACACUUCCAUAUAUCUAUAUACUCAGGUCUGGGAGUGCAUGAUAUAUAUAUAUUUUUGAUCCAUCUAUAUAUAUAUCACAGUAGAGAUCAGAUGAGUUCAGACCCACCAGAUUGCAGUUCAAGCUCAGAAGUAGCUUGCGAGUCAACUCGGGCGGUUCUUGACUCGGGGUCUGCAGAAAAGGAAGAACCGAAGAAGAUGACGAUGAAGAGAAGCCGGGAUAAUAGUUGCAGUAAACAUCCGGUGUACCGGGGAGUUAGAAUGAGGAACUGGGGAAAAUGGGUUUCCGAAAUCCGGGAGCCCCGGAAGAAAUCGCGCAUUUGGCUUGGGACCUUCUCUAACCCGGAAAUGGCGGCCAGGGCACACGACGUCGCCGCUCUGAGCAUCAAGGGCAAUUCCGCCGUGCUCAAUUUCCCCGACCUGGCCGCCGCGCUGCCCCGCCCGGCGUCGCUCACGCCGCGGGACAUUCAAGUGGCUGCCGCUAAAGCGGCGGCGAUGGAGAAAUUUGACCCCGUAUCUUCUCCGUCGCCGUCUCCGUCCUCCUCGUGUUCGUCGGAGAUAGACCCGGCGACGUCGGAGGAGCUGAGCGAAAUCGUGGAGCUGCCGAGGCUGGGCACGAGUUUCGACUCGCCCGAGGUGGGGAGCGAGUUCGUGUACGUUGACUCGGUGGACGGGUGGCUGUACCCGCCGCCGUGGCUCGGCAGCGGCGCGGACGACGACGAUAGUAGCAGUUUUGAGUCUCUGUUAUGGAAUUAUUAGCUUUCGGUCCCUGUGUGAGGUUUUUGUUUUCUCUUUCAACCCUUUUAUUUUUGUGUAUUUACGUUAUCUUAGCCGUUCAAAUUUUUGUGUGAAGGGCUUGCAAAUUUCACGAUUCCUAAUUACCUCCCAAUAUUCUCUCCUCUUGUCUUUGUUGGUGUAAUGACAUCUCUUCCUUCUUAUGACAGUCUAACUGCACAGUGUUAGAAAGGUUGAGAAAAAUGUCAUAAAUGCAUUCCCAUGGUUUGGUAUAUGUAUAUAUUAGUGUGUGGUGUACAUUUAUUUUUCUC